AUGGCGGCAGGGGUACUCAUCCGCAACGUCGGCAUCGUGGCCAUCGUGCUGGCCCUGGGGGCCGUGGCCACCAUCAUUGCGCUCUCAGUGGUGUAUGCGCAGGAGAAGAACAAGCCUGCCGCCCCCUCCGCCUCCACCGCCACCACUACCACCACCACCACCACCACUGCCCCCAUCACCACGGCCGCCCCCAGUAACCUCUGGAACCAGUGGAGGCUGCCCACAGCGCUGAAGCCGGAGAGCUACGAGGUGACUCUGAGGCCCUUCCUGAAGCCCAACGAGAACCAGAUGUACAUCUUCACGGGCAACAGCACUGUGGUCUUCAUCUGCGAGGAGCCCACCGACAUCAUCCUCAUCCACAGCAACAAGCUGAACUACACCAUGCAGGGGGGCUUCCACAUCUCGCUGCAGGUGGUGGACGGCUCCAGCCCACCCGCCAUCAACAAGACCUGGCUGGAGACCACCACCCAGUACCUGGUGGUGCAGCUGGCAGCGCCGCUGCAGAAGGGCCAGUACUACAGGCUCUUCAGCAUCUUCACCGGGGAACUGGCCGAUGACCUGGCUGGCUUCUACCGCAGUGAAUACAUGGAUGGGACGGAGACCAAGGUCGUGGCCACGACGCAGAUGCAGGCGACCGAUGCGCGGAAAGCCUUCCCCUGCUUUGAUGAGCCUGCCAUGAAAGCCAACUUCACAGUCACCAUCAUCCACCCGACCGACCACAAGGCGAUUUCCAACAUGCCUGCCAAGAGCACCUGGCAGCAGCAGAUUGAUGGAGAGAGCUGGAACGUCACCGAGUUCUUGACCACCCCCAAGAUGUCCACCUAUCUGCUGGCCUUCAUCGUCAGCCAGUUCGAGAGUGUGGAGAACACCUCGGGGAGGGUGCUGGUAGGGCUGGGAGCUUGGGGGACAGGGCAGAGCCUGGCGGGGGACGGGGGCUCGGGGUGUCGGCACGCGUGGGACGGGGCAGAGCCGAGUGGGGGCUGA